UCUCAGAAGUGUAGGGAAGCAGCACAGGCUUGUGCAGCCGCUCCAGCUGCUGUCAAGCUGGAGAUUUUUAUUUAUUUAGUGUAUUUUGUGAACAUUUAAGCUGAGAGUGAACUGACAUAUGUGAACUGUGGUGGUUAUUUUUGACAGCCGGAGUCAUGUUGCGCUGUUUUAAACGGAAGCGCGGUGUUGGGACCGUGUUUUUCUUCAUUCGACAGACUUAUUCUGCUUCCGCUCUGUGUUUAGUAACUGCGGUGUUUUAGUAAACCUGUAGCGCUGGAUAAUUUUUUAACUUGUGGCUUAACGUUCGCAAAUAUUAUUUCACUCUUUUCAGUUUACUAUUUCACAAGUUUAAUGCCAUGUUGUGUUUAGCUGUGGCGCAACAGUACCGGUCUGUCUGGUUCAGUCACUUCCAAUUUCCUUUGCGCAGUUUCUUUUUUCGACGGCGAAAGUAUUUUUUUUUUUUUUUUAUUCGACCCAUUGUUGCUAAAGCGUUGUUUUUCGCCGUUUGUUUUGAUAGUAGAAUCAGCUGUAAAACACUUAACAGGACCCUGGACACAUUCCAGGACGGUGCCAGGGCAGCUUCAACACUUCUAUUUGCAAACUUGACAGGACUUGCGCUGGCCUGCUCUCAAGCAGCCCGAAGUUGCGCUGUAACAACUAAACCACUCCUUGAACUCGACAAAUCUUUUUCGCAUCGUGACGUGUGAGAUUUAGUGUAGCAAUUUCAAGGGGUUUAGGAACGCGGUGGGUGAUUGGUUAGCUGGGGGGGCGUGUGAGUGAAUGUAAACUGGUUAAAUUAGACGAGUUCCCCUGAUGUGGGGGAACAGAAAACCUCUCCGUCCGCGCGCUGGCAGCUCCAGUCUGAGCAGGAAGGACGGAAUGUGCUCACGCGCUGCAGGCUGCCAGCGCGCGCUCUGCGCCAGUUCGUCUGCGAACAUUGGAGAAACAUGAGAAAGGUGUCCCGUAAUAGCCCGGGAACAUUGUAACAAACGUAUUUAUUUUCUUUUUUGGGGGGGGGGGGGGGGGGGGAAUAUCAAAUUAAUUCGAAUUUAUUUUUUACCCACCCUUAAAAACGAAAAAUGUAUUUCAAAACUAUGUAGGGUGUGUAAAUACAACCCUAUUUAUUAAGCCUGCAGGCGCUUCAAAGAAAAAAAAGCACAUGUAUGCACUAGAUAGAUAUAUCGUGUUUACUAUCCUGUCGUUAAGACCCCGUUGACGGGAAGCAGAGUUUCACAUAGUUUAGUAAACAUGUUUUUUUCCGUUUACAAUGGCGCCAUCUGGUGUUGAAACGCAAGUGCAACACCUUCUAAGUUGUGUCUCUUUGUGAAUGGCGGAUUGUCAGUGGGGAUGUGAAGGAAGUGCCAAGAUUGCGACAGCAUGGCCACGACUGCAGAUGGCUGCAUUCAAUUCACACGUCAUGCAGGCGACGUCCUGCUCAACUUCAACCGCCUCCGCAGCAGGAACAUCCUGACCGAUGUCACGGUGCAGGUGGACGGACAGAUCUUUCAUGCACACAAGGCCAUCUUGGUAGCCUGCAGUGGCUUCUUCUAUUCUGUGUUCAUGAAACCCGAGAACUCGAGCCUUGGUGCCAUCAGCCUGGACCCCAAAGUGGACCCCAAAGGUUUCUCCCUCCUGCUGGACUUCAUGUACACUUCCUUUCUGAACCUGAAUGACUCUGUGGCCUUGACCACCCUGAACACAGCCAUCUACCUACAGAUGGAGCACGUUGCUGACACCUGCCACAGGUUUAUCAAGUCCAGACAUCAGGCUUUGAAUAUGCAAAUGGAAGAGGUGCAGAACAACUCCUCGAAUCUAGCAGAAGAAAUCUCUGCUAAAAAGCUCGCUGAGGAAAAGGAUCCAGACUUUAGUAAUAACCUCUUACUGAGGUUGUCCCCUCAGGAGUGUGGGGGGUACGUCCCCAAUGUUUUCAGGGGGAUCAACACCACUGGUUCCUACCACGUGUACGGCGAUCUGCACAUCCCCGCUACGGUACUAGAAGGUUCUAAUAAGAUCGUCAACACCAGCAUGGCCCAACCCUCCAUUAUGCGACCAGCAGAGGCUCACCGUAACCUCCAGUGUCCCGCCUCUCCCGUGGAGGGCCACAACACCCAGCACCCACAAACCGGCUGUCUGAGACCUACCCUGAGCUACACCAAGGGGGUCAUCUGCAGCCCGCAGAGCCCCCACAGAUCCGACUGCCAGCCGAACUCGCCCACCGAGUCCAGCAGCAGCAUUAACGCCAGAAUGAGCCUGAAGCAGGCCUGCGAUUCCCCCAGAGACGCCAAGGCCCGCAACUGGAAGAAGUACAAGUUCAUUGUCCUGAACCAAACCCCUGACGAGAGCGGGAGGGAGACCCAGAGCAAAAGAGCUGAAGUGGAGUCCGCGUCGCGCUCUCUCAGCCCCGCCAGUAGUGAAGCAGCUGGCGGACAUGACAAGAUCCAACCAGAAAAGGGAGCCAGCAAUCACAGAGAGGAAAUGAGUGAACUCAGCUGCAGCAGCAGAUUCUCCUCCUCUAGCUGCGAUAGCCCUCAGCGCAUGGAGACCAGCCACCUCACUCCAACCUCUUACAGCAGCGACGAGGCCACAAAAAUGUGCUCAGCUUAUUCGCCCUCUAGCUGUGAAGAUAACUUCUUCUGCAACGGGUGUGACUCCAAGUUCUCGGAGGAAGACUCGCUGAAAGAUCACAUGGGUCAGGUCCACAGCGACAAGCCAUACAAGUGCGACUGCUGCCAGGCCGCCUUCCGCUACAAAGGCAAUCUGGCCAGCCAUAAGACAGUUCACACCGGUGCAAAGCCGUACCACUGCAACAUCUGCGGGGCUCAGUUCAACCGUCCGGCCAACCUCAAGACUCACACGCGGAUUCACUCUGGAGAAAAGCCAUACAAGUGCGAGACGUGCGGUUCUAGGUUUGUGCAGGUCGCUCACCUCCGCGCCCACGUGUUGAUCCACACGGGAGAGAAACCGUACCCCUGUGAGAUCUGCGGAACGCACUUCCGUCACCUUCAGACGCUCAAGAGCCACAUGCGCAUCCACACGGGAGAGAAGCCUUAUCAUUGUGAAAAAUGUGACCUCCACUUCAGACACAAGAGUCAGCUCAGGCUUCAUCUCCGACAGAAACACGGCGCCGUUACAAACACCAAGGCUCAGUACCGCAGGUCUCCCGGCAACAUGGUCGCCGGCCCGGUGAACUCCUCCUGAGUUAGCCGCCGGCCACCGCUUACGGACUAAGUCAAAAAAAAAUACAGAGCGGACGCUCAAGUGUAAUAUCUGCCUCUUUUUUUUUUUCCGGGCUUACACACGUUGCACGUAUCCACGUGUGAGAAAUGCUAGUCUGCGCUUUUAUUUUGAAUGUCCCAACAACAGAAUGUACGUCUUGAAUGUGAAUCUGAGUGGGUAUUUCUCCGUUUUGCAAAUACCUCGACAGAAUGUCAGCCCUCUAUGUCGCUCGAUUAGAGAAUCACUGUUACACUUUGGUUUUAGAUGAGGUAUGAACCUGCCCAGUAAUUGGUCUGAUGCAGUCAUGAUGCCGAUUUUAACUUUUCUUUCAUAAAGCUCUUUGUGUAAAUAAGAUAUAUAUUAUAUAUUUUCAGAUAGCUACUAUUUGCUGGCAGAGUGUGAAUAUAUUAACAUUUGGUACAUUGUUUCCUCAUGGAGUGGCUUGACUGUCAGUCAUGCUGUGGGCUUUUUAUUUUUGCUGUGUCAUAGUUUGUGGAACAUGCUGUAAUAUUUACAGACUGUCAUUUGUUUUAAAACUCGCUACUUUUUGUACAUAUUGAAUUUUUUUUCACAGAUUUUUUUUUUUUUUUGAGCUUGGUGUCUUGCACAUGCCCAUGAUGUUGUAAUAUAUCUGUGUUCAUACAUUAGCUUGAGUAUUUCUACUUUAAAUGUUCUCAACGGCUCCUUAAACCCUGUUCCCGGCACUUUUAUAUUCUUGAUUAUUUUUGUAAAUGUGAUUCUUUCUCUAAUAUUUGGUGCUGCAGCAAUCCAUUUCCCCCUAAGGGAUUUUUUCCCCCCCCUUACUUAACUGUGCGCUUCAUAAAACACUCAUCAUAUUUGGCAGAUUUUCUGUGCCUUACAUUUACAUUUCUCUGUUCGCUUUUUCCACAGACUGACAAUUAUUUGUAUUUUAAUUGUGACCAUCUGAAAGCUCUGGUACUUAACUGCUUUUUUUAUGUGUUUGCCUUGGUACUCGAGCUAAUUAAUGCAUAUGCAUGUUAAGGUACCGUUGGUUUGGAAGCACCUCACCUGAAGGGUGAAGCUCUUUAAUGUGCAGACACCAGGCCUCAAGCUAAAACACUCAGGAAUAUCAGUACUAUGUAAGCAAAUGUGUUUCUAAUGGCAAUUGAAUAUACAUAUGAAAUAUAUUUAUAAAUAUAUUUAUAUAUAUGACAAUAAAAUGUGUAUUGUGAAGCAUA